GGGGGUCUCGGACAGCAGGGGGCCAUGCCCGUUCGCCGGGGCCUGCCCCUGGGGCCGCUGCGCCUCUGCCUGCGCCGCUCCCUAUGCCGCCGCUGGCCGGCCCCGCUGCGGAGCUUGGGGCUGUACUGGCAGUACGGCCGGCUCUGCCUGCGCUCUCUGCUCUACAACUCUUUCGGGGGCAGCGACGCGGCCAUCGACGCCCUCUUCGAGCCCGUCUACUGGCUGGUGGACCACGUGACCCGCUGGUUCGGGGUGGUAUUUGUGGCGUUGGUGGUCGCGCUGACCGGCUCCAUCGUGCUCAUCGUCUACCUGUGCGUCCUGCCCCUCAUUCUGCGGACCUACUCCGUCCCCCGCAUCUGCUGGCACCUCGUCUACGGCCACUGGAACCUGCUGCUCAUCGUCUUCCACUACUACCAGGCCAUCACCACCUCCCCCGGAUACCCGCCUCAGGACAAGAACGAGGUUGCCACCGUGUCCAUCUGCAGGAAGUGCAUCUACCCCAAGCCGGCCCGAACGCACCACUGCAGCAUCUGCAACAGGUGCGUGCUGAAGAUGGAUCACCACUGCCCCUGGUUGAACAACUGCGUGGGUCACUUUAACCACCGCUACUUCUUCUCUUUCUGCUUCUUCAUGACCCUGGGCUGCUUCUACUGCAGCUUCAGCAGCUGGGACCUGUUCCGGGAGGCCUACGCCGCCAUCGAGAAAAUGAAACAGCUCCACAAGGACCGACCACAGGCGACGGUCAACCAGACCUAUCAACAGACCCCACCCCCGCCCUUCUCCUUCUGGGAAAGGUUUUCCCACAAAAGCAUCAUCUACCUCUGGGUCCUGUGCAGGGCUCCUCACUCUGUGGCACGCGGCCCUCAUCAGCCGGGGGGAGACGAGCAUCGAGCGGCACAUCAACAGGAAGGAGCGGCAAAGGCUUCAGAAGAAAGGCAAGGUCUUCAGGAAUCCCUACAACUACGGCUUCCUGGACAACUGGAAGGUGUUCCUGGGUGUGGACACGGGCAGGCACUGGGUCACUCGCGUCCUCCUGCCAUCCCGGCACCUGCCCCCCGGGAGCGGGCUGAGCUGGGACGCCCCACUUUGUGCCGGCACACGCCCCCUCGCCCUGAUGGCCGUGUAGCCGGGGCUCCCCCGGACUCCGACGUCGGCCAGUCACCGCGAGCCGGUCAGGCCCGGCUCCCGGGCCUCGGCCCGUCACGCUCAGCGGCCCCGGCCGGACCCGGUGGCGGAGGGCUGCGCUCAGGGCAGCCCCCACGCCCGCCCCCGGCUGCAGGAGGGGCCGGUCCCUUCGUCCCUGCAGCCAGGCGGACAGCUGACAGGGGGACUGAUUCCCUGGGGAGGAGGGGACCACUGCUGAGGAAAGAGCUCACUGUUACCUUUCCAUGUCUGCUAAGUGUGGCAGAAAUAAAGGGAUUUGGUUUUUUUUAAGAA